AUGGCGCGGGGCGCGUACCCGCCCGCCGACGCGCAGCACCCUCUCCUCCGCAUGAACCCGCACGAGUGUGUCCCCUUCAUGGACGAGCUGUUCACCACCGGGCAGGAAGCCAGGCUUGAGGCGCUGCCGUCGCCUCGGCUCAUGAACACGCACAUGCAUCACUCCUUGCUGCCUGCCUCUGUUACCGAUUACCCCGACUACAAAAUUGUCUUCAUCUGCAGGGAGCCAAAGGAUAUGCUUGUUUCCUUGUGGCAUUUUCUCAAAGGUGUUCGUUCUUUCACGUUUGUUGAUCUGUUUGACGCUGCCUGCGAGGGGAGGGCCCCAAAUGGCCCUAUAUGGGACCACCUCAUCGGCUACUGGAACGCAAGCAAGACCAGCCCGGACAAAAUCCUAUUCCUGAGGUACGAGGAGAUGCUCAUCGACCCGGUCGGCCACGUCAGGAAGCUGGCGCGGUUCAUCGGGCAGCCAUUCUCACAGGCCGAUGAGGCCGCGGGGAUUCCAGCGGACAUCGUGAAGCUCUGCAGCUUUGACAAGCUCAAAGGCCUAGGGGUCAACAAGGCAGGCUCCUUUGAUGGGAAGGUUUUCAAUUUCUCCCAUGAAUCCUUCUUUAGAAAAGGGGUGGCCGAAGAUUGGGUGAACAAUAUGACGUCAGAGAUGGCGCAACGCUUUGAUACCAUCAUUGAGGAUAAGCUUAGAGGGUCCGGACUCACAUUCAAGUGA